CCUACACUGAAGGAUGCAAAACCACACUACGCUAGAGAAAACUAAACUCAUCAAGGGUACCUCCACGGUACCACGCUAGUGUAAUUGUAGCAGUUAAUAAAAUGCAGUAUCCCAAAAAAACAUGGCCAGAUUCAAUGAAAAAUCACCGAGAUGGGCGUUAUUGAACGUACCUUGCAGUCGAAGCGUUUACGUUGUACGAAUAAAUUAUUCCAAACAUAUAUGGAUAUCCCCCACUCCGAGUCCGUGUCCCCAUGUAGUAUAGGCAAUGAGCAAUUAUGAUCCGUACCGCUGAACCAAAGCAAUCAGGAACUGACAACACCAAGAUAUAUUAGCAGCAGCCAGAGUUCCAAGUCAACAUCGGUGAAAUAUGGACCUCAGCUUAAAUAGCCGUCCCGUCGGCUCUGUCGGUCCUCGGAAUUCCCAUCCGGAUCGAUAUCCCGUUCCGCCCAAAAAUCUCAUCCACACCCAUCCAUCCAUGCUCGUCCUCUCCAACCUAACGAACCUCCUCUCCCAGAUCCUCUCCCUCCCCGCCCUCCACACAGCCUUCACCUUUGUCUCCGAGCCCAUACGCCCCAAGGACGAAGUCCGGAUUAUCGUAGGAUUGAGCGGCGAAGUAUGGCAGGAAACGCGCGAGCAAGGGUACGGGAUGGUUGAUAGCGAGCUAGGUCGUAUCGUCGUUGUGCCUGUGGAGGACACAGCGGAGGAUCCGUUGCCGUUGAUGCUGAUUGCUCUCAAUUCGAAUGAGUCCAUGGAAUGGACGGAGUUGCAAGCCAAGGGAAAACUUGUUGCUAGUCAUCUUGCGAGGUCGCUGAGCAAGUAUCGCGAAUUUCUUGUCGUACGGAAACCUUCGACGCCGCCGACUACAUCAGCUAUAGCUUCACCUGCGCCUGUCCGAACUUAGGGUGCGAUGUUGUAUGAUUUUUUGCAUUAUACUUCUUGAAAAUACUGAUAUGUACAUCAUCACCAAUACUGCAUGGAUACCCACAUCUAUCACCUCUGCGCGUAGAAAGAUUAACUAUAGUUCAUGUAGCCAACUCCAUGGAAAUAUGCACAUUUCCAUUAGAGCAAUCUCAUAAGUAGAAUGAACAAAAUACUACCUAAAUUAGCUCCCAAUUGUUUGCUGCAACUCGAAAACCGCCAAAUGGAAGUC